AUUUACAUAAAAACGAUUUGCUCAGAAACGAUGAAUCAUUCGAGAACGGCUGAAUCCCUUUCUUCAAAUCCGACACGACAAUUUUAAAAACAUUGGAAAAAAUUUGUUUUUUAGAACCAUUUCAACGCAGGAUUUUCUGCAAUUGAAGGAUCAAAUAGGAACAUGUUUUUUUCUAAAGUACCUAAUGAAAUUCCUGGCUCCUUCGUAAGAGUCGAUCCUUUAUCCAAAAUUCGUCAGUAGGCAACCAGGCAAACCUACUCUAAACAUAGUUAUAAAUUUCAGCCCCCAAUUAUUAAUAAAUGAGCAACAAUUUUCAGCCUGGCUUCAUCACACAAUUCAUAAAAGCAUUGGAAAGUUAAUAACCUGUUCCGAAGCCGAAGCAUUUCAAAGAUGAUAAGAUGAAUUAAGUAUGCGAGUGAUAUAACCCUGAGUCGAUAAUCUUUCGUUACAAUAAAACAAUACAUGCGAUUACCUAAUUUUUAACGCUAAUGCAACCUAAAUGGCAUUAUUAAAAAAAAAUUAAACCUCGUAACCUUGUAUCGUAAAGUUUAUCCAAGAUUAUUAUAAAUGAUUUAAAAUCAUGUAUAGACACUUUUUUCCACUCGGUAUCUAUAGACAUUUCAUCAAAAAGUAGGCACCCUAAAAGAUCUAAGUGUAGCGACCUAUUCUCCUCAAAUGGCCAAAUUUUGACCAAAUUGAUGCCUCUAAAAUUCAAGGUCAUCACCCAAAUAUUACGCAAUAUGGUUAUCAAUACACACGCAAACGUACAGUUUACACAAGCGAAUGUGAUUUUUUUCGCAAAGCGGGCGCCUUAAACGACAGACUCUUGGUCCAUACAUUCGUACACAAGUGAAAGUUGAGCCGGCAGGUAUAAGAAUGUAGAAUGGGUCGUUCUCUUACUCUCCGUUACAUUUGCGACGUACAUUUAUUAAAUGGAACAUACAUAAUAAAGUUAUGUUACAAUUACCGCCCAUCGAUUACAUACAUUACAUAGUACCCAAACAUCAACUCGACGAGUCGACCAACGUGACAUUAUUCUUUGAAAAUCAAAUACCUACCACCGAGAUGGAUUUAUGUAUUUUAUGGUGCACAUUUCGCAUUCGUGUUAUUUCAUCAGUCAAUGAGUAGAUGCGAAACGAAUCACUCUCCGGUGUUAAUCUAUUUGUAGUACUAGUAAACUUUUAAAAUGUAUUUCUUUCAUUUACUUACCCGUGUGAUUAUUCCUAUUUUGAGUGUGGUGUUUUUAGUAGACGCUGCUAAAUUGAAGAAAAAAACUUCCAACCCAUAUUACGGUCAUCAAAACGCCGGCUACGAAGCAGCAUCAUCGAAAGAAGAUGAACAAGAUUUGAGCGGAAUCCCAGGUCAACCAGGAGUAGACUACCCACUCUACCAUUCAGUACCAGAGACAAAUUUCAAUUGUGGAGCGGUACCUUAUGCCCCUGGCAUGUAUGCAAAUGUUGAAACAGGAUGUCAAGCUUAUCACGUGUGCCAUGAUGGACGCGAAGGUCACCAAGGAGCUUCCUUUUUAUGCAGUAACGGUACUUUAUUCAAUCAAAAAGAAUUCACUUGCGAUUAUUGGUACAAUGUUGACUGUGGUCAAGCGGAAUCUCUGUACAGACUGAAUGCUGAUCCCGAAACCAAUCCAUUCAAUCCUAAGCAAAAAACCAGCGAAGAAACAGUAGACACAGACGCUUACAAAGCCACCCCGCAAUACUAUAAACCAACCCCACAAUAUUACCAACCGACCCCUCAAUACGUCCGCAAAUCACCGUCGCAAUAUUAUAAACCAGCACCGACUCCAUAUUCUCAGCCAACGCUUCCUCAGCAAUACUACCAACCGAGUAGUGACUACUAAAGCAAGCCAUAUUGAAUUUCAACCAGAUGCAAUUUUUGUUUAUUGUUCUGUAAUUAAUGUGCCAAUUUGAGUAAAAUGUUUUGUUAUUUUUUCAAUAAAAUUUUUUAAUUUUUGUAA